UCUCAAACUUGGUGGCCAAACGGGUCCAGGCAGAGUCCCGGGCGUAUGCACGCGGCCGCCGCUCAUGUCCUGCACGGACUAAACAGGAGAGGACCGCAGGGAACAAAGGCAAGCCCGCGGAGAUGCCGGGGGAGCACGUUCUUGCGAGCCAGCCGCCCGGUGGCGCCACCACGGUUCCCCGCACGGCGAUGGAAGAAGACGCGGCAGAGGAGGAGCAGAGGCAGACCAAGCGCCUGGCGGAGGACGACGGCGCGGAGGGGUCGGCGAAGCGCCCGAAGCCGCCGCCGAGUCCGACCGAGUGCUGGGAAGACAGGGCCACGGCGUUGCUCCUCGCCGUGCGCGAGGAGCAGGCCACGCUGUACGACCGCAAGCGGCGGGGCUUCCGCUGCGGCCGCGCUUUCAACUACGCCUACGCGUGCGAGCCUGCCGUGUUCGACCACGAACAAGAAUCAACCGGCUUGAAUCGCGCGGCCGCUGGACACGAUCCCCGACUCUGAACGAGACGACCUGGACCUCGCCCUGCA